AUGGCACAAAACUCAGGAUGGACAACAAGAAAUGCUCGAAUCACUCUUGUGGUUCACUUAGUAGCUCUAGACCCGGCUAACUCCAUGGCUGAAAAUAUGGUCACUCUAUUGACACAAAUGAGCAUCCUCACUAAGAAGGUUGAAGAAUCAAGCCAGAAGCAAGACCUAGAUCUGGAGCAAGAAAUUUCUCGCAAAAGCAGACCGACUGAGACACUGGUGCCAGUACCCAUUGAGAUAGAUGAUUCAGUAGGUUUAACUGAGGUGACGAUUCAAAAUGCACAAGAGAACACCAAUAAAGAAGAAGAGGUUGUGAAAGAGAUUGAGGCUGCACCGGAACCGAUAGUAGAAGCAGUGCCCGAACAAGAGAGGAACCAAAUCAUAGGGAAGAAGCGACCUCCAGCACCAUUCCCACAGAGAUUGGCCAAGUAUCAGAAAGAUGAGCAAUACAAGAAAUUUUUUGUGAUGUUGAAGCAGAUUCAGACCUGUAGUGCUAUUGUUACAAGACCCAUAGCUGAGAAGCUGUCUGAUCUAGGGCGUUUCACAAUCCCUUGCACAAUAGGCAACUUUGCUUUUGCUAAGGCAUUGUUGAAGAGGCCCUCUGGGAUUCUAGAUGAUGUAUUGGUGCAUGUUGGGAAGUUUGUGUUCCCAGCAGAUUUUUUCAUCCUUGACUGUCGGGUUGACGAGGAAAUUCCCAUAAUUUUGGGAAGACCAUUCUUGGCAACUGGGAGAGAUUUAAUUGCUUGUGAAACUGGAGAACUCAAGAUGAGACUAAACAAUGAAGAGAUAACAUUCAACGUGCAGAAAUCUAUGCGCAGACCCAGUCAAUUUGCCAAUUGCUCUAUAAUAGAUACGGUGGAUGUAGUAUUGGAGAAGGACGAUGGAGCAUUGAGCAUUAAAGACCUUCUAGCAGCUUGUCAUGAACUUAUACGAAGCUAA